GCUCCUGCCGGGGCUCCGCGCCCUCCCCGCCGCACGCCGCGCCGCGCCGCCCCUUCGGAAGGUUCCAUUGCUCUGUGUUUUCCUCCAUGCACACAUGAGAGCCGGACACCCCCGUUUCCAAGCAUGCCAUCAGCCCCACUAAAUCCCGGCCCCAGACAGGCCCUGUGUGGUCUCUGCCGUCUGCUUCUCUGGACUAAGAGGAGGUGCCAGGAUGUCCCUGGAGGUUGGAAGUCCUAUUCUCAAGCAACCCAGACAGAUCACCCCCACCCUGUGGGGAAGGCGGCCCACCUGAAAAACAAGGCAGAAAAACAGAAGCGGCAGCGAGAGAGAUUGGCUUCCAUUGAAGCUGGGCUGGUCACCGGGAUGAAGGAAGAGCCACCCAGCCAAGGAAGGAACCGUUCCUUGAGAAUCCUGGCUGAAUAUGACAUCCCGACUCCGGCAGGACAAAAGAAAGACACCUCAAGGCCACUGCCCACUUCUUACAGCCCACGCUACGUCGAAGCUGCUUGGUACACUUGGUGGAUGAAGGAGGGAUUUUUUAAACCAGAAUAUCAGCAUCAGGUGCCCCAUUGGAAGCCAGAAACAUUUUCCCUCUCUAUCCCCCCGCCUAACGUUACGGGGUCCCUACAUCUGGGGCAUGCCUUGACCGUGGCUAUUGAGGAUGCUCUGGUCCGGUGGAAGAGGAUGCAGGGCUAUAAGGUUUUGUGGGUUCCAGGAUCGGAUCAUGCUGGAAUUGCUACUCAGGCUGUGGUAGAAAGAAAGAUCUGGAAGGAACGGGGAGUCCUGCGGCAACAGCUCUCACGGGAGGAAUUCCUCCAAGAGGUGUGGACCUGGAAAGAAGAAAAAGGAAACGAAAUAUUCCAACAGCUGAAGGUGAUGGGAGCAUCAUUGGACUGGGACCGAGUCUGUUUCACUAUGGAUUCUGGUUUCUCCCAAGCAGUAACAGAGGCCUUUGUGCAGCUAUAUGAGCAAGGCAUGAUAUAUCGGGACAGGCGCCUGGUGAACUGGUCGUGUGCCUUGCAAUCUGCCAUUUCUGACAUUGAGGUAGAGAACAAGCACCUUAAGGGGCGGACAGAGCUCUCUGUGCCCGGAGUCCAGGGAAAAGUACCAUUUGGGGUCUUGGUGACAUUUGCCUACAAAGUAGAAGGAGAGGAAGGUGUGGAGCUUCCUGUGGCCACGACUCGACCAGAGACCAUGUUGGGAGAUGUUGCUGUUGCUGUGCAUCCAGAAGACCCACGGUACACACACCUCCAUGGCAAGAGGCUGCGUCAUCCAUUCACUGGACGUCUCCUGCCUGUCAUUACUGAUCCUUUGGUGGAGCAGGAGAUGGGCACAGGGGCUGUGAAGGUGACACCAGCACACAACUACUUGGACCAUGAAAUGGCCUGUGGGCAUGGCCUACCAUGUGUUUCCGUUAUUGCAGAAGACGGUACGAUGACAUCAGAGUGUGGGGAAUGGCUGCAGGGGCUGAAUAGGUUCCUGGCCCGAGAAAAGGUGUUGGCUGCUUUGAAGGAGAAAGGCCUCUAUCGGGGGGCAAGGGAGCAUCCCUUGGUGCUCCCUCUGUGCAGCCGCUCUGGGGACGUGAUCGAAAUCCUCUUGAAGAGCCAGUGGUUUCUCCGAUGCGAAGAAAUGGCUCACAAGGCCUUGGAGGCUGUAGAAUCUGGAUGCUUGAAGUUCACCCCUAGAUUUCAAGAGAAAAAAUGGAGGACUUGGCUCUUGAAUAUCAAGGACUGGUGUAUUUCUCGCCAGCUGUGGUGGGGACAUCAGAUUCCAGCUUACCGCGUCUCAGUUCCUGGGCCAUCUCCCAGAGCGGAGCAGAAGAACGAGGAAUUAUGGGUAGUGGGCAGGACUGAAGCAGAGGCUCAGAAGAAAGCAGUGAGCAUGCUGGGAAAAUCAGAAGAGGACCUAGAGCUGGUGAGAGAUGCUGAUGUCCUGGACACUUGGUUCUCCUCUGGCCUCUUCCCCUUUGCUGCUUUGGGCUGGCCCCAUCAGACAGGAGACCUCCAGCAGUUCUAUCCCAAUAGCCUCUUGGAGACAGGGAGUGACCUGCUGUUCUUCUGGGUGGCCCGGAUGGUGAUGCUGGGAAAACAGCUAACUGGAAAGCUGCCUUUCUCUCAGGUCAUGCUUCACUCGAUGGUCUGCGAUGCUCACGGCAGGAAGAUGAGUAAAUCUCUUGGGAAUGUGAUUGACCCCCUGGAUGUGGUCCGCGGGGCCCCUUUGCAGGUCCUACAAGAAAACCUUCAAAAGAGUAAUUUGGAUCCACGAGAGGUUGCCAUUGCGAUGGAAGGUCAGCGGCGAAAUUUCCCCCAAGGAAUCCCUGAAUGUGGCGCUGAUGCUCUAAGGUUUGCUCUCUGCUCCUACUGUGCCCAAGGAGACAGCAUCAACCUGGACGUAGCUGCAGUGGAGAAUGCCAAUCGUUUCUGCAACAAGGUGUGGAAUGCUCUGAAGUUUACUUUGGCAGCCCUAGGAGAUGGGUUUGCUCCACUGGAUCCAGAGGAGGUUUUCCCAAGCUCCCCAAUGGAGAAGUGGAUCCUCAGUCACCUCUAUCACACAGCAGAAGUCUGUGCCCAGAAGUUUGAGGAGUAUGAGCUGCAUUCUGCCGCUUCUUCAGUCCAUCUUUUCUGGCUGCACAAUUUCUGCGAUGUCUACCUGGAGUCUGUGAAACCCAUACUGAGGAGCGGAGAUCCAGCUCGACUCCUCUCCACCCGCCAUACCCUGCACAGCUGCGUGGACUUGGCUCUGCGCCUCCUGUCUCCCUUCAUGCCUUUCCUUUCAGAGGAGCUCUGGCAGCGGCUGCCCAAGAUCAGCUCCCAAGCACCUCCCAGCAUCUGUGUGGCCAGAUGCCCAAACACAGAGCACCUGGCUCAUUGGUGCCAUCCUGAGGAAGAGGCAAACUUCCUGCUAGUACAAGAAGUCAUCAGAGCUGUGCGUGCCCUGAGGGCAACUUACCAACUUACCAAAGCUCGGCCAGCAGUGUAUCUGGUUUGCCCAGAGGCAGCUCCCCUUGGUGUCUACGAGAAAUAUCGGGAACCGCUGCAGACUCUGUCCUUGGCUGGAUCUCUGAGGUUCCUCCCUGAUUCCGAGGCAGUACAGCCACCAGAGAGCUGCAUCACUGCCAGGACAAAGUAUCACACCACCGUCUGUGUGGAUCUGCAAGGAUUGGUUGACCCCCAAAGGGAGCUCCUCAGAUUGGCAUCUCGGCAACAGAAACUGGAAGAGCAGCUGGCGGAUCUCACAGCGCGGGUUCAGGGGGCCAAAUAUCAGAAAGAGGCCUCCUUAAAAACAAAAUCAGAUCACCAACAAAAGGUUUCAUUGUUUCAGUCAGAGCUGGAACAAAUAGAACUUGCCACAGCAACAUUCCAGAAGAUGGCUAGAAGGCAAGGAUUGUCUGCUGAGAGGGCUGAGUCCUGAGAACUAGCAGAGUUCGUUUUGCACUGGGGAGCUAUGGGGACUAAGCAUGGAGGAAGAUGUUGGAAGGGUUACAUGGCUCUCAGCCAUCAAUUUUUUUUUUUUUUUUUUGCCCUGUCCGCUGCAGUCAACACACUGACUUGAACUCUGGUUGAAUUCCAGAAGCAUCAGUCAACUGGUAUGCCUCACUAAUCAUGGAGCCCGCGGAAGAGAAGUUUCUCUCCAGCAGUCAUCCGUGCCAGUCUUUCCUGCUGCCCAUGGAAUUGUGGGCCAUUGGAAUGUGUAAUAUCUCUUCCAGCCACCAGAGGUCAACAUUGCGCUGCGGCAUAACCACACAUUGUUCCUGCAUCUUGGAUGCUGUGGGCCAUUUCAAGUGUUUGAUGUGGUCUCUGAGCACCAUGUCAGAUUCUUCCCAAGGAUUCUCUAACUUGUAACCCUGGCUGUCAGUGGGGAUAGCCACUGGCUACCCAUAAGUCAUUGUCAUAACCACAGAUGCUGAAAAAUUUGUUGCUCUCUCACUGUGGAAAAAGCUGCCAUGGGUGUACACCUGCAUCUGUGACUGCCCAGGUUUCUGCACAAGGUUCUGCCAAUGGCUGUACCCCAGGGACCCCUGGGGCGCAUCAUUUGAGAAGGAUUGGGCAGAAACUUGUGUACAUCUCUGUUGGCUGCUUAAUUGGAACCAAUCGCCAUGCCAGGACCUGAAAUGUAAAAUUAUGUAAUUUGCCAUUUCACUCUGUAUUAAAGUAUCUGGAGUGUCUUGUACUCUAGUAUCUUUGAA